AUGCGACGCGACUCCAAACCUGUUUCUGAGUACCUCCAGCGUGUCAAAGCCAUAGCUGAUGAACUCGCUCUCAUCGAUGUCCCUCUCUCUGAUGACGAUCUUGUCAUCCACAUCCUUAAUGGCGUCGGCCCUGAGUUCAAAGAAAUUUCAGCCGCUGUCCAUGCUCGUGACUCGUCUAUUUCCUUCGAGACUCUUCAUGACAAACUUGUGGAAUAUGAAGCAGCCCUCAAACGGGAAGAAAGUACCACUUCUGCACCUGUGAUCACAGCAAAUACUGCUCAGCAAUCUCGAUCUUUCAAUCGAGGACCUCGCAACAACCAACCCAAUCAAUCCCGCCCCAGCUCCACCUCUGGUCCUUGUUAUUCUCGUGAUUCUGCUGCUGCCAAUUCAUCCGGCAGUCACUUCUCUUCCCGCAGCUACUCUGGUGGGUCUAACUCUCGACGUUCUACCAAUUUUUCUGGUACUGGUUAUAGGGGCUUCUGUCAAUUGUGCGAUCAACAAGGUCACAGCGCCAAACGAUGCCCUCGUGUACAGCUUGCUCAGUACCACCAACCCGUGGCAAAUCCCACUACUAGCUCUCGCACUUCACCCUCUCCUACUUGGCUCCUUGACUUCGGUGCCUCCCAUCAUGUCACAGCUGAUCCCAGCAAUCUCUCUCAGCACUUGCCCUACGAAGGUCCUGAUGAAAUUGUGAUUGGUAAUGGUAAAGGAAAUAAUGCCUCACUGGUUUCUCAGUUUGUUCAUGCUCUUGCUAGAAGGUUCUCUGUCAAGGAUCUUGGAUCCCUUCAUUAUUUUCUCGGUGUUGAAGUUGUGCCUACUACCACUG